AUGUACAAAGCAACUGUGCGGCGCGCGGGUCAGAAGAUAACUGGACCACACACUCGACCUGCAGAUCACUUAGUCAAGCCUUGCAAGCUACUCCCCAUCAAGGUCGUCGGCCGGAGGUCAUACUGCUCCACCAACAAGAACAACAUGUCCGACAUGCCCGACUACCUUCGUGCCAACCACGACAAGAUAUUCGACAACAACAAGAAAUGGGCCUCAGAGAAGGCGCAGAAGGACCCAGACUUCUUCACCAAGCUCUCAUCCGGCCAAAAGCCCGACUACCUCUACAUAGGAUGCGCUGACAGCCGAAUCCCAUCCAAUGAGAUCAUGGGCUUGGAUGCCGGAGAGGUCUUCACCCACCGAAACAUCGCCAACUUGGUAUGCAACACCGACCUGAACGUCAUGAGCGUCAUCAACUAUGCUGUUCGUCACCUGGCUGUCAAGCACAUCGUGGUCGUCGGCCACUACAGCUGCGGUGGUGUCAAGGCCGCCAUGACUCCAGCAGACCUUGGCAUUCUCAACCCAUGGCUACGAAACAUCCGAGACGUCUACCGACUGCACGAGCAGGAGCUCGAUGCCAUCCAGGACCAGGACCAGAAGUACAACAGGCUCGCUGAGCUCAACGUCCUCGAGCAGGCUAGGAAUGUGGUCAAGACGGCGGCUGUGCAGCAGAGCUACGCAAAGAACAGCUACCCUAUCGUCCAUGCGUGGAUCUUUGACUUCAAGGAUGGUCUGCUCAAGGAUCUGAAACUAGACUUCGAGAAGCAGCUGCACGAUAUUCAGAAGAUCUACAACCUGACUGGUGGUGACUAG